UUCUCAUGUGAAGCCUUAUCAUUAAGGCAGCCGAAAUAAAAGCUGCUGCUUGGUGCUGUUCUCUUCACAUUCAACACACCCUCACUUUGAUUAAGCAGCUAAGCAACGUCCGCAGCUAUGGAGCCCGACACCAUCAGAGAGGGAUAUCUGGUAAAAAAAGGCACUGUGCUGAAUUCAUGGAAAGUGGUGUGGGUGGUUUUAGCGGAUGAUGGAAUAGAGUUUUACAAGAAGAAGACAGACAGCAGUCCAAAGGGCAUGAUUCCAUUAAAACAAGCUGUGUUGACCAGCCCGUGCCAGGACUUCAGCAAAAGAACGUUAGUGUUCAAGGUGACCACAGAAAAGAAGCAGGACCAUUUUUUCCAAGCGACCCACCUGGAGGAGAGAGAGGCAUGGGUUAAAGACAUCAAGAGAGCCAUCGUUUGUUUGCAGGGCGGAAAGAAGUUUGCCAGGAAGUCUACCCGGAGGUCGAUUCGAUUGCCUGAAACGGUUAACCUGAGUGAGCUGUACAUUUUGAUGAAGGACCAAGACACAGGAGUGAAAGAAAUGAAACUGGAAAAAGACAAGAAGCUUUUCAACCACUGCUUCACUGGUGACAUGGUGAUUGACUGGCUGAUCUCUGAGGGGAAGGUGAGGAACCGGCAUGAGGGUGUGAUGCUGGCCACAGGGCUGCUGAAUGAAGGCUAUCUGCAGCCGGCUGGAGAGCUAUCUAAAACAGCUGUGGAAAGCAAUACAGAGUCUGUAUUCCUUGACGAGACAGAUGCUAUGUACUACUUUGCAGAGAGUGGUUUCUUCUGUGAAGGCUAUUCGAGUGAUGAGGAUGUGCUUGUAAAGGAGGAGUUCAGAGGAGCCAUAGUAAAGCAGGGCUGUCUGAUGAAACAGGGCCACAGGCGGAAAAACUGGAAGGUGAGAAAAUUUAUCCUGAGGGACGAUCCUGCCUAUAUCCACUACUAUGACCCCACCAAGGGUGAGGAUCCUCUUGGCUCGAUUCAUCUGCGUGGAUCUGUUGUGACUGCGGUGGAUUAUGUACCAGAUGCUAAGAGGCAUGACAUCGAGGGCAACUUGUUUGAGAUCAUCACUUCAGAUGAGAUACACUACUACCUGCAGGCAGCUACCGCUGAAGAACGUACUGAAUGGAUCAGAGCCAUUCAAGUGGUGUCAAAGUCUGGAAAAUAACCGCAGAAGAGUAUCCUGUCAAAAAAAAAAGACUCGUUAUAUUUUGACUGUUAGCAUAGAUUGUUAUUUUAUGUCAUACACAUUACAAAAAUGGUUCUGUUUCACUUAUUAUACAGAAAGCAGGUCAAGUUCCUCUUGAAACCCAAAAAUAGAGUAAGAGACAGACAGAAUAUGGAGCACGAGUAUCUUUUACUGCUAUUUUGGUUACGAUAAUCCAUGAAAAACAUGUCAAACAAGUGGAAACAUGAAAUCUUUGCAGUCCAGCCACUUCCUGUUUUGUGUGGCAAAAUGCAUCACUUCCUGUCUUUCAAUAUUCCUGACACUCUGUGGUUAGCCUCAUGCAUGCCGCCUUACAGCUGUAACUUAUCAGUCACACCAACCAGCCCCAUUUAUGGCAUCCUAAGGGAGGGAUGCAUAUUCAGGACAACAAUACAACAACUCCAAAUACCAUACGCUAUAUUAUAAUAUAUAAUUAUAUAAUAUUUGAAAAGUUUUGAAUUAAAACAAGGGAAAUUGAAUAGAAACAAUAGAUCUGUGUUCAGGGGCUCUGUGUAGUUUAUUUUACAGUGUCUGUGGCUGUAAAGCAAUUAAGAACCUCCUGCAUACUAGCCGACAUUGGUAGCUCGAUCCGUGAGCCGUUGGAUCUGAAGUUGCUUUCAAUUAUUAACUGACUUUAAAACAUACUUCCAUAUUUUUCAACAGCAGAACUUAUAUUUCAUAUUUUACCAAUCACUUCUUUAAAAGGUUUCUAAUUCUCUGUCGACAAAAAAAAGGAAGAA